UUUUGGUGCGUUCGUAUGACGCAAGAGUAUACCCCUCUCCAGCGCAUCGCUACUUCCACUUUCCAGCAAUAUGCGAAUGACGAUGCCAUUUUUGUCGAAUGUUUGCAUGGUUAUCGAUACCCAUUACUCAUCGACUGCAAUCGACUGCUGCGGCAGCUACGCACUGUGCUACGCACAGCCUCACCCAGCCUCGCCUGUGGACGUGGGAGCACAAUUUAUUUUGUGAAAAGACGCACUUAUUCGAGAGAAAAACUCGAUCAGUUCAUUUUGAUUACUGUAAUACUUUUGCAUUGCAGGAAAAUGGCAGAUGAUCGUUUAGAUAUAAUAAUAUUUGGUGCCACUGGAUUUACUGGAACAUAUGUAGUGAAAAAUGCAGCCGAUAUAUGCAAGGAUUUGAAUAUAAAGUUUGGUGUUGCUGGUCGUAGGAAAGAAGCUUUAGAUGCGGUUGUUAAGGAAUAUGCUUCAGAUAUUGAAAAUGUACCUAUUAUUUUGGCUGAUGUAAAAGACGAGGAAUCUCUCAAGAAAAUGACAGAGCAGGCAAAGAUACUUAUCAAUUGUUGCGGUCCAUUCAGAUUUUAUGGAGAACCAGUUAUUAAAGCGUGCCUUGCUACUCGUACUCAUUAUGUUGAUAUUACUGGUGAAACAGAGUUCAUGGAGGAAAUGCAAUUGAAAUAUAAUGAAGCAGCAAAAGAAACUGGCGUUUACAUAGUGACCGCUUGCGGUUUUGACUGUAUUCCUAGCGAUUUGGGGGUCAUUUUCGCUCAACAGAAAUUUGGAGGAGAAGUCAAUGCUGUUGAAAUAUACAUGAGCACAUGGUCAACCGAGCCUGAGAGGAAAGGUUCAGUUUUGAACUAUGGAACUUGGGAGUCUGCGAUACACAGUAUUGCUAGUAGAAACGAACUACGGGAAUUACGCAGAAAGUUGUAUCCUACCAAAUUGCCUGAAUUCACGCCGAAAUUAAAAUCAAGAGGUAUCGUGCACAAAAGCGAUAUUUCUGAAGGAUGGUCCAUACCAUUUCUUAGUGCUGAUCGUGCAGUAAAUUAUCGCACACAGCGAUUCUUGUAUGACAAAUAUAAAGAGAGGCCUGCGCAAGUUCAAUUUUAUGCUACGUUCAAGACUUUCUUUGACUUUCUGAUGGUCAGCAUUGUCGGUAUGCUUAUGUUAAUCAUGUCUCGCACGGCAUGCGGUCGUAAUAUACUUCUAAGAUAUCCGGCUCUAUUUACGAACGGUCUUAUAAGUCAUGAGAACCCGGACCGGGAAACGCAGAAAUCGGCACACUUUUCAAUGACGUUCAAAGCCACUGGCUGGACUGAAAAGUUGCCUGAACCUACUGACAAACACACGGAUGCACCUAAUAAGACAGUAAUCACCAAAGUCAGCGGUGUUUCUCCCGCAUAUGAAAUGACUAGCAUCGUAGUAAUCUUAUCGGCAAUAACAAUUCUUACUGAAAGUGAUAAAAUACCUGACAACGGAGGAGUGCUCCCUCCCGGUGCUGCGUUCGGUAAAACAUCUAUGAUCGAGCAAAUGAUUAAACAUAAUAUUAAGUUCGAGAUGAUAUCGUCUAAGCUAUAAAGAUUCUAUACGAUU